AUGGGGGACCAUGAAGAGCCAAUUUCAGGUCAAUAUCCGUGUGAAUUAGGUACUGAUUGUGAAUCGGAUAGUGAUAAAAGUUCAGAUUAUGGUUCAGAUGCUAGUGAAUAUGAUUUUGAAGAAUUAGAGUCACUUAGGAUGCAAAAGGGUAAAGAAGUUAAUGAUAAGCUUAGUCACUACAAAGAGCUUGAUAAGUCUAUGACAUUUAAGGACUUGGAAGAGGCAAAAAAAGUCAUGAACUUCUAUGCUAUUGCAAAUUACAAACCUUUGAAGCUUAGAAAAAGUGAUAAAAUAAGAGUAAGGUACAGAUGUGUAGUAGGCUGCCCUUUUGUAUGCCUCAUCUCUGAAGAUAAGAAGGGUCCUGGCUUUAAGGUAAAAACAUUGAAGACAGAGCACAACUGUGAAGAUGCAUUUGAGAAUCCUAGAGCCAAAACAAAAACUAUAGCUGAAUAUUUCAGGAGUAAGGUGCAGAAUAACCCCAAGUACAAAAUAAAGGAUAUGAAACUAGAUUUGAAAAAUCAAUUUUCAUUGAAUGUACAUAAAUCCAUAUUGAAAAGGGCCAAGAGGAUGGCACUUCAGCAAUUGCAAGGAAGCUUUUUAGAUGACUAUAACAGAUUAAAAGCAUAUGCAAAUAAGAUUAGGGAGAGCAAACAUGUAGUUAUCAAUUUAGCAAAAGAUGCCAUGGCUGAAGUUGGGGUUCAAACAAGGGUUGAGACCAUUCAUUGGACUAGACGGGACUUUCCUAAAGGGUCAUUGCAAGGGGCAAUUAUUGGUGGCUGUUGCACAAGAUUGUCAGAAUCAUUUCUAUCCUUGGCUUGGGCUGUAGUUGAUAAGGAAAACACCUUGACAUGGACAUGGUUUCUGGAGCUGCUGAAGCACUCAUUGAAUCUGAAAGAUGGAACCAGUAUUACCUUUAUGUCUGAUAUGCAAAAGGGUCUGUUAGAAGCAAUAAGAACUGUCCUCCCUCUCUCAAAUCAUAGGUUUUGUGUGAGGCAUAUUGAAGCCAAUUGGA